ACCCCCCCCCACGCCUCGUUGUCACGUGACUGUCAAGAUGGCUGCCACGCUGUCGAGCGAACAUUUCGACAACUUGCAGCUUCUUCUCAAGGCUCCGUCCAAAGACUUCGUGAAGGACGUUUUCGUGCAGAGUCGCCGAGGUCCGAGUCUUCGUCUGACUCGGGACGCCGCAGCCGCACUCGCCGUCCCCGAAGCUCAGGCUGCUCAGCUGGUGGACUCGCUCCACGCGUUGUCCGCUCACGCCGUCUUCGGCGACCUGAGCUCGCCCGAGCAGGUGAUCCAGCUUUUUCCCGACGGCUUCCACUCCAGCCUGAAGAACUUGCUCACCAAGAUCCUGCUGGAGAACAGGGAGACGUGGAAAACGCAAGCAGUCAGGAGUCAGACGUCGCUCCCGCAGCUGACGUCCGUGGACUGGAGGGUGGACCUGGUGAGCAGCUCGGACGCGCUCGGCCGCAUGUGCGUCCCCGCCUGUUUUGUCCGCUUCCAGACGGAGGAUGCGUGCGCCUCAGAUUCCGCUUCCGUGGCGACGGUGGAGCUGAGCAGGGAGUCUCUGGACACCCUGUUGGACGGGCUGGGCCGCGUCCGGGACCAGCUGUCUGCGGUCGCCGGCGAGUGAUUGGUUU